AUUAACACACCGAACUUCAAUCAAUCGCAAUUUACAAUCAAUUUCAAUGUCUACUAAAGUGUCGCGAAAAUAUAAUUUAAGUGGAUCGUGUGUGUGUAUUACAUUGUGAAUAGGAAAUUCAUUCAAUAAAAUUGUAAAAAGUUUGUGCCGCAAAAUUGCAUUUACAAGCAAUAAAAAAAAAUCAACACGAAAUAUAGCCCAUCGUUUAAUCUUUUGUGUGCUUAAUGUAAGUAAAUUAUGUGAUUACCUAGAUGCUAUGAAUACUGAUGGACUUCGUAAAUUCAAUUGAAAUUUCCACUAAUUCGGAUUAUUAUCGACAAAAUACAUCGUUCACGUAAUGUUUAUCAAUGAAUGAAAUCCCAAUAUUAUGGACACAUUACAAGUGUGUUCAUCUUCACUAAAUCCAGGUAGUAAGACUUCGAGCAGAGCUGCAUCACCGUGUCGUUCCGAUCAAAUGUCUAAAGAUCGUGAUAGCGGUGACUCUGCCUCAGGCGGUGGACUUCGAUUUCGAAACCAAAGUCCGUCUUCACAGCGCCGCAGUCGAGAUCGAGAGCGACGUGAAAUGCGGAAAGAUCGUGAUAAUGAUACCAACAAUAUGCUUGUUUCUAGCUCUGACAUGACCACCGACCAUACAGAAUCUUUAGAUGAUUCCCGUUUGAUUGGCAAUGACGAAUCAACGUACCAGUCGUUCAUCAAUGAUGAAGUUGAAGGUCCAGGCGAUGGUACCAAUGAUCGUCACCAUCAACGAUCGAAUAGUUACCAAGCUCUUGAUCGACUAAAUACGAAGAUCGCCUGCACCAAAGAAUCAAUACGGAAAGAACAAACCGCUCGAGACGACAACGUCAAUGAGUACCUGAAAUUGGCUGCGAUUGCAAGUGCCGACAAACAGCAGUUACAGAGAAUCAAAACCGUCUUUGAAAAGAAAAACCAAAAAAGCGCACACACAAUAUCGCAACUACAGAAAAAAUUGGAGAGCUACAGUAAACGGGUGAAGGAUUUACAAAUCCAACAAAAUCAACGAAUGCAAGGUCACCGACAACCGCGAGAAGUAUUACGGGAUGUUGGACAGGGACUGAAAAAUGUUGGAGGCAAUAUUCGUGAUGGUAUCACUGGCUUGGGCGGAUCGGUGAUGUCAAAACCAAGAGAAUUCGCUCAUCUUAUUAAGAAUAAAUUUGGAAGUGCAGACAAUAUAAAUCAAUUAUCGUCAACCUGGUAUACAGAUCCUGAACUUAACUCGUUGAAUCUAUCCAAUCAAAUGGACACAUCGCACGGACAUCACGGCCAUCAUCACCACCAUCAUCAUCAUGGUUCUUCAACGCCAAACAAUACCGGCCUUGCGAACACAGCCGGUUCGGGCAGCAAUCAGGGUGGUGGAAGUGGAAAAUUCAGUAACGAAAAUGACAGUGAAUGUAGCAGUGUGACUAGCGAUAGCAUUCCAGCGGGCUCCGGAAAAAGUCAACCAGGAAUCAAUCAAUAUUCUGCCAUAUUGAAAGCAAUUCUUGCUGAACUACAAGAGAGAAGGGAAGACUGCGACAAGCUCAGAGAAAAGUUAGAACGUUUAGAAGGUGUUCACAAAGAUUUCCAGGAUGUAACGAACGCUCUAGAAGGCGAAAGAUAUCGGGCCGAGCGUUUAGAAGAGCAAAUUAAUGAUUUGACCGAAUUGCACCAAAACGAAAUCGAAAACCUCAAACAAGCCAUGGCUGAUAUGGAGGAAAAAGUUCAAUAUCAAAGUGAUGAGAGAUUGAGAGAUGUAAAUGAAGUGCUAGAGAAUUGUCAAACAAGGAUAUCAAAAAUGGAACACAUGUCCCAGCAACAGUAUGUAACCGUGGAAGGAAUUGAUAAUUCGAAUGCUCGAGCCCUAGUUGUUAAAUUAAUAAACGUAGUUUUAACAGUUUUACAAGUAGUGUUACUGCUGGUAGCUACAGCCGCUGGUAUUAUAAUGCCGUUUUUAAAGACUAGAGUACGUGUUUUAACGACUUUGUUUUUCAUCCUCGUGGCAAUAUUUGUGAUACGACAAUGGCCAGACGUUCGAGACAUAGGAUCACACAUGAUGCGGCAUUUAAAAGAAUCUUUAAUGGUGAAAUAAUAUGAAAAAUUGACCGUAAGAAGUGAAUGUGUAGUGAGUAAAUUACUGUGAGUAAAUCAAUUAUUAUGUUCAUCAAUUUAAUUGUGAUCAACCGAACAAGAACAAUUUAAUGUGUGCAGUCGAUAGCAUUCGUUUUCGGUUUUGUUUAUUUAUUCGAAAAGAUUCAGACGAGAAACUAUUCAUUGGAUCAUUAGAGUUGAAGACAUAAAGACAUAAAGUGAAAUUGUUCUUUAAGUUGUUGCAUUCCUAGAUUUCAUUGUACUCAAAGAAAAGUGUCGCUUCCUGAACUUUGAUGUUUAUAAUCCAUUUUUUUUUUCAAGUAAUUUAUCGAUGAAUAAAUUCUUAUUGAAAUUCCGUUUCGAUUUCUUUCUUCAGUGAAUCACAAGCAGAAAUUUUUUUGCCGCCAGACCCUUGACUUUCAGUCAAGUGAAACAUCGUUUGAAAGUAAAAAUUUUCUUGAAAAGUACAAUUUUCCAGAGCAAACCUAAUGUCUUGUCAGAUGAUGUCAAAUGUCAGAUGUCAGAUGAUGUCAGAUAAUUAUCAGGACCGAAAAUUUCGAUCCAAUUUUCUCUAUCAUCCCAAUUGCGUUACCAAUAAGAACAACAUUGCGUCAUGUUCGUAACGUAUAGUGUAUAUGUUUAGUAUGAAUGGGAGGGACAAGUCCAGUACCUAAGCCUCCAAUGGGCCUGUUUUGCUAUAUACAUAGUAGUAACAUCGAUAUCGCAUUGUGGAUGUGGUAUCAGUAAAAUGAUUUUGUUUGAAAUUAUCGGUGCUGAUAAUUCUUUCUCUGGAACCAUCAACCGAGUCUAUUAAUUCUAUUGAUCAGAGUUCAUCGCCCAUUUCUUUAGCUUGUGUCGAUAACAAUUCUUAUAAUAAAAGUAUGGAAGUAAUUCGAAUUCCAUCCGUUUCCUGUUAAAUUGUUCUUGUUCUGUUAACAGACUAUUCUGUCACCACAUAUAUAUUCAUAGGACUCUUUCUAUUCAACGUUUCAAAACAGAAAACACUUUUUAUAUUUAGUAAAAUUGAAACAGAGAACAUAUUUAUUAGUUGAUUUAGAAUUUGAGAAUUAAUCCGCGUAUAAAAGUUGUUUGCUUAAUUGAAUAUUAUUGCAACAAAAAACCAAUUUGUUAGUAUAUUGUGGGCCUAGCGUUUGAAAGGGAUACCGUAAAUGAUUCGGAUGCAUAAUCGUGACGUAGAAAUAGAUUUUUUUUUGUUUUUUUUUUUGGUUAUUUACA